AUGGAAUCAACAGGAAUCGCUAGAAAAUCCUUGAAUGAAUUUACACCACCUCAAAAACGUAUUGCAUCUGUACCAUAUAGUAAUAUACCUCAAAAACUUUUGAAAGUUCAACAUUUUUCAAGCAAAACAGAUUAUAAUGAAAAUCGGCAGGGUCAUGUUCAAAAACGCUGUGUAUUAUGUCGUUCGAAACAAGUUCGAAAACAAACUAUCUAUUUUUGUCGGACAUGUCCUGAUACACCUGAUUUGUGUUAUCCAGACUGUUUUGAUGCAUUUUAUAGUAAAAUAUAG